GCCCUGAUCGAACAUCAGAAGUACCAUACUACCAGGUAUGGCCCGUACUCUUUGCUGUUACCUUUACUCGAUUUUCAGUCCUUGCAUACUAUCUGCGCAUCUUCCCACCCGGGAUGGCAUCGCUCCGAAAAUGCUGUUACAUUCUUCUUGCUAUGGCUCUUGCGCUCUUCGUCGAGGUCCUUACCGUACUCAUAGUAUACUGCGAAAAUAUCGGCAAGCUGUGGACCGAAGACUGGCUCGAAUUCACCGGAUCGCAAUGUUUCAGUUCCGCCGUAUAUAGCUACUCCGCAGCCAUCGGCGACAGCAUCAUGGACAGCAUGAUAUUCGCCCUCCCAAUCGUAUAUGUCUGGCAGCUCUCCAAGCUGAGACUCCGCCAGCGCCUCGGUCUCGUCGUGAUAUUCGGCCUCGGCUUCACCGUCUGCGUAGUCGCCCUCCUCCAGAUCCCCUUCAUCAAGCGCCGAGAAAGCAACAUGCAGUACUUUGGCUCCGCAGUCAACAUUCUCAUCUCCAUUCAAAUCUCCUUCGCCAUAAUCGCAGCCUCGCUCCCCGAUCUCCGCGCCCUCAUAGCGCGAAAAUUCCCUCACUUUUCUCCCCUCCACCACCGCAGCUUAGCUACCAACGGCGGUCGCCAUCCUAGCGGAGGCUCCGAGAGAGGCAGAGUCGGCGUCUGGGACGCAGAGCAAAGUUCUCCAGCCCAAGGCGUGCCGGCAGAAAACGCCCACGCAACUCCUGUAGGCAAAAAGGUAUUUAGGAAACCAGACUGGCUGCGCAACAGCAUACCCGCGAGUUUAAUGUCCACCAUGAUUACGCAGAACGAAGUCGCAAGGGAUUCCACCGAGGAACCAUCGGUUCCGCCUCAGAUACCCGAGAAAGUCAAGACACCAAGUUGAUGGAAAAAUGUGUUAUUUUUGCGUCCAAUAGAUUAAUCGCACGUGGCUAGCGGUGCGAUGCGAACGCCGCCGCCGCGGGCGGCACAUGUGGGGAUCAAGGUGCGCGAGGUACCAUGCGUGAUUCGAGGUCAAUCUUUACCUUUUAUCGAAAGAGGUAGAAGGGGAUG